UGCCCACUGUUCACUUUGGUGAUGGGUUAAAUGCAGAGGUCACAUUUCAUUGUGUGCAGUGGUGUUUGUCAGAAUGUCACAAUGACAAGGCGUUUACUUUCCUUUCCUAUUAUUAUUAUUAUCCUGAUCACUAUUAUAAAUUGGAACUGGAACUUUAAAAACAGUAAACAUCCCUGCUUUGAGAGAGUAUCAUUAGAGUCCUGAGUUUCACACAACAACAUACCCCACAGACAUUAAUGGUUUUCAAAAAUUUCAAGGAUUUGUGUACAUUUCAGAAUUAAAAUGUAAACAUGCAUGCGUACGUGUGCAUGUGUAGAGCCUGGUCCAGUGAAGCAGAUCCAUGUUUCUAAUUCUACUAUUUAGGUGUGGAUUAAGGAAUGAAUAAGAGUUUAGUCAGACUGCUUUAGAGAAGAAGAAAGGUCUAAAACUUUUUCGUUUGUCCGUGAUAUGGAUCUUGUCUGGAUAUGGAUGUAUCUAACUGGUGAAACUUGAAAAGACAAUUAUUUCACAUAUUCACACGGUGUUAAUUGUUUGAGAACCAUUGCUCUAGUGUAGAGCAAAUGUCUUCGAUGCCCAUUGGGUCAGGAAAUUGUUUUAUUUAGGAUUAUCUCGCUCUGUAUCCCUUGUAUUUUCUAAGAACACCUUUAAAAAUUAACCAUCAAAUCUUAUUAUUUUCAAAUUUAGGUUAUACUUUCGACAUAUUAUCGAUAACUGUGGUGAGCUAGUAAAAUGGUUCUCUGUGACUUACGUCGUCUUUGUUUAACUUUCCAAAAUAAAAUACACGUGUAUUACACAUGCUUUUGUCUUGAAACUAGUGCUCGGAUGUUGCUCAUGUAGCGCUAUUGCAGCUAACGGAGCUGGUUGUUCUCUGUUUUCCUGUGUAAACAUUUUUGGUAAAAAUCAUUUGUAGUUUAAAUCUUUAUAUCGGUAAGGAAGGUUAAGAUUCCAGGAAAACGCGUUUGUGACAUCCGUCCCCUCCUGGGUCCUUCCUGGUUGUGUGUAACUCUGGCUCUGUGCCACUCCACUGUAGAUGAAGAUGUCCCUGGCCCAGCGAGUGCUCCUGUCCUGGAUCUUCACCCUCAUCUUCCUAAUAAUGCUGGUCCUCAAGUUGGACUCUAAGAUCCACUGGAGCUGGUUCUUGAUCUUCCUCCCAGUGUGGAUUUUUGACACUGUCCUCAUCCUUAUGCUGAUAGUGAAGAUGGCAGGACGCUGCAAGACGGACUUUGACCCCCGGGACAGGGAGCACAGCCUGAAGAAGAGGCUUUGGUACUUGAUGGCCCUGCUGCUGAAGGUGGCUUUCUGUCUGACACUGUGCUCCCACCUGGAGAGACUAACAGACACAUGGGUCAGUGUGGUGUGUGUCCCUCUCUGGGCCCUGUUGGUUGGGGCAUUGGUGGAGCUAGGACACAGUGUUUUCCACUUUCGAAGAGAUUGAGCCACAGAAGUCACAGGGCUAUUUUGACUUGUAGCAACAUUCAUUUUUUAUACACUAAGGGCUUUUGGGAAAUGGAUGCGCCGAUAAGAACAAUAGGAUUGGCAUGGACUUAUGUGCACUAUGUUUUGAAUAUAGCCAGAUGGUCGUCUUACAUGUUUAUAAGGGCAGUGACAUGGCAGGUGUAUAGUGAAGGGGCACAGGGCACUUUGUGUCUUUAAAAGAUUGUCCUUACAGUGAGGUUAGAACCACCAAGUUAAGUAGAAGAACAUAAAGACUGACUUGUCUGAGCUUUCUUUUUGGGGACUACACCAUUUUUUUCCUGCUGUCUUGUCAUUUAGUUAUUUCAUAAAAUGAUUUGCUGCUUCUUCCUUUUUUUUUUUUUAAACUGGCAGCAGUGUCUACUGAACACUUUCUACUGUAACACGUUGAAAAUGCAUUGGUAACCAUUGCAGUGCAAGUCUAUGGGCAACAGAAACAAAAAAUGGUAAACUGUUGCAGUUAUACUGAUACUGACUUGCACCCGUAUGUGCUGGUAUUUACUACAACUAUAUGCUUUUUAAAAAAGCACGACUGAACUUGAACGCAACAGCAUUAGAUGUUGCUGAUAAGCUAAUUAAUCAUGACUUGCACAUGCAGAUAUUUCUUAUACUUGCAAUCUACAGUUAUGCAAAGGUAAAAAAAAUAUUGCAUUUGGCAGGACAAGUGUAUAUUGUUAGAAAUGGUGCCUUAAAAGCUGCCUAAUUUGUGUUACACCACAAAUCUUAUAAAUAGGAGGAAGUUGAGUCCAAAGAAAUCGCUUUUAAACAUGGACCUGUUUCCAACACGAUACCACUAUGUGUGUUUAAGUAGUUAUCAUCAAGAGGCAUGUUGUGCACCAGUUCACAGGAGGGCACAGUGUAAAAUGGCUAUAGUCCUGGACUGUUCCAAAUAAUAAUCAGGAAAAACCCAGGGCAAUAUGAUCUCAGUCAGGCCAAAUGUUUUAAUAAUGACGGUAAUUGAUGUCUGUCAUUCCUUUCACUUUUAAUUGUUACUUGUGUGCCUUCUUUUAAAAAGCUUUUUUUUUAUUUUGUGACGUUUUUUUUAAUAUAAUAUUGAUUUUAUUUUGACUUCAUUUUUUCACGAAUUCAUUUUUCAAAGUUAAAGGGCCAAAAAAGUAGCGCUUCUAACAUGGAAGGAUCAUCUACUUUCCACAUUUGUUCCUUUACUGUCCAACCAACCAAUUUCCUCAGCGUUAGUCACCAUCUCUAAAGUAUAUACUAUACCAGAUCUGUGUCUUGUAAACCUUACCUUUCACUGGUGUAAUCAUCUUCAGCGUGCCACCUUUUUUGAGAUUUUUAAGAUUUUUCUCUGUCCUCCUCACUACACCAGUAGUGCUGCUCACUACCUCUACACCAGUUACAAUGUCAUCUGUCAAGAGACUCAUGCCUACUAUUAUUUGCAAAUCUUUUCAUCACCAUAGUGAACCUGGGGUAAGUCAAUUCC